AUGAGUAGCCCAAAGCGCAGAAUCGAGACAGAUGUUAUGAAUCCGGAUACCAAUCUUUUCAACAGGCAAGAAUUCUACGUCCGUUUCAAGGGCCCAGAAGAGACACCGUUCACCGGAGGUCAUUGGAAGAUUCAUGUGGAAUUGCCCGACCAAUACCCAUACAAGAGCCCAAGCAUUGGAUUCGUCAAUCGCAUCUUCCACCCAAAUAUCGAUGAGUUAUCGGGCUCUGUCUGCCUUGAUGUGAUCAAUCAAACAUGGUCACCAAUGUACGACAUGCUCAAUAUUUUCGAAGUUUUCCUCCCUCAGCUCCUCCGCUACCCCAAUCCCGCCGAUCCCCUUAAUGGUGAAGCAGCAGCACUGUUGAUGAGGGAACCGAAGGCAUACGAGGCAAAGGUGAAAGAAUAUGUUGCCAAAUACGCUAGCAAAGAAGCGGUGGAUGAAGCAGGCGAGGACACCGAGUCUGAAGACGAGCUAAGUUCCGCGGGAAGCUAUGAAUCUGGCGGUGAAGAGCCAGCGGGCACGAUGGAUGAUGUCUAG